CUCGCUACGUCAAUACUCCGCGACCGGGAUGAUUGUUUGACUCCUUUCAAUGAAACUUUAACCUGAUAACGACAUUUUUGGACAUCGUAAAGAUGCCUUUACCCCCAGCUCUACUUGCACGUCUCGCUAAAAGAGGGAUCGUGAAACAGUCCGACCACGAAGCCGAAGAGGAGAUCAUCGCUGAAGACUAUGAUGAUAACAACGUAGAUUAUGAGGCUACACGGAUCGAGAAUUUACCAACCAAUUGGUACAAAGUGUUUGACUCUAUUUGUGGUCUUCCGUACUACUGGAAUAUAGAAACAGACAUGGUGAGCUGGCUGUCCCCCAAUGACCCUGCUGCUGUCAUCACCAAGGCAGCUAAGAAACAGAAAGGUGAGACUGUACAUGACAAAGGGGACAACCACCAUGAGAAACCAGAGAGAGAGAGGGAAAGAGACAGAGAGAGAGACAGAGAACGCAUUUGGGAUAAAGACCGGGACAGAGAUGGGGAGGAUGGGCGGGACAGAGACAGAGAGCGGGACAGAGACAGGGAUCGGGAUAGACGAAUGCGGAGAGAGGACAGUGGACCAUACAACAAAUCCAAGAGAGGAGGAGGUCGGAAACCGCAGCAGGAGGAAAUGGAUCCUAUGGAUCCCAGUGCUUAUUCAGAUGCUCCAAGGGGCUCAUGGUCCACUGGUCUCCCCAAACGUAACGAGGCAAAGACCGGAGCAGACACCACAGCAGCAGGUCCCCUGUUCCAGCAAAGGCCAUACCCCAGCCCUGGAGCUGUCCUCAGGGCAAAUGCUGAGAAUAUAAGACGCCUGGAGGAAGACGAUGAUGAGGAUGACUGAGCAGGAAUAGUGUCUAUAAAGCCUUUCUAAAAGUUUAAUAACAUGUACAUUUGAAAACUAAUAAAAGGCUUUUUCCAUCCGUUUUCGUACUCAUGGGCCAUAGCUUCAUUUGUAAAUAUACUAUGUGUUAUACAUUUGAAAAACGAUUGUGAACUUGUCAUGCAUAAUAAACGUUUUAAUAUUAAAACAGUUUUUUGUGUGUGUUUAAGG